CUUAUGGACCUCUCACAGAGCUAAACAUGCCAUAAAGCCCUUCCUUUGGAGAAGAAUGACACACCCUCAAGUUUCACAUAUUUCCAUCCUCAGCUGUGAUACAAAGAGCUAAACCUACGAGACACAGGAGAGCAGAUACUGUUUAUAUUUAACCAAGGCUGCCUGAAAUAAUAAUUUGUCCUCAAUGGACGGGGGGGCAUUAGACCCUGAGCAUGUCUUUUUGAGGAGACCCACUUUCGACUAAGUGUAAAAGCAAGAAUCAAACCUGAAAUCUGUCACUGAGAGCACAGCGGAUGAAAACAAAGCACUGCUGAGCUCGGGGCAGUUAGGCAUGAAGAGCUAGGUGGAAGAGAGUGGUGUGGUCUUUAUUUGGACACUAAAUUGUUGGUUUGUGGACGUGAUUUGAGACGUUGCAUGGCAAUUCAAGUAAGACUGGAUUUAAAAGAAUGGAGCACUUUGACAACACAAAGCAGUAAAAAGAGAGCCCGAUGAGCCUGGUGAGUGCAGCGGGGCUGGUGGCUGGCUUCCAGGGUGGGGCACGCAAGCGAGAUUUCAUGAUGGAGCAGAAAAUCAGUAAACUGACAUCUGGCUUCCAGCGGAGCUCAACCUCUGAUGAUGACUCAGGCUGUGCACUGGAAGAGUAUGCGUGGGUGCCACCUGGCCUGAGACCUGAACAGGUCCAGCUAUAUUUUUCGUGUCUGCCUGAGGACAAGAUCCCAUAUGUCAACAGCCCAGGAGAGAAGUUCAGAAUCAAGCAGCUCCUCUACCAACUCCCACCACAUGAUAAUGAGGUGCGCUAUUGCCAGUCCCUGAGUGAGGAGGAGAAGAAGGAGCUGCACAUGUUCAGUGUUCAGAGGAAGAAGGAAGCAUUGGGGAGGGGCACAGUAAAACUGCUGCCUCGCAAUUUUCUGAACAGCAAUUGUGAUCAUUGCGGCGAAAACAUCAAUGGUGGAGAAAUGGCCGUGUUUGCUUCAAGGGCGAGCGCUGGGUUGUGCUGGCAUCCAUCCUGCUUUGUCUGCUCCACAUGUAGGGAACUCCUUGUGGAUUUGAUCUACUUUUACCACGAUGGAAAGAUCCACUGUGGGAGGCACCAUGCUGAGCUGCUGAAACCACGAUGCUCAGCCUGUGAUGAGAUUAUCUUUGCUGAUGAGUGCACUGAGGCGGAGGGGCGCCACUGGCACAUGAAACACUUCUCCUGUUUUGAAUGUGAGACAAUUCUCGGAGGUCAGCGUUAUAUCAUGAAGGACGGCAGACCGUAUUGUUGUGGCUGCUUUGAGUCUCUCUAUGCAGAGUACUGUGAGGCCUGUGGAGAACACAUUGGUGUUGAUCAUGCUCAGAUGACCUAUGAUGGGCUCCACUGGCAUGCCACUGAGAGCUGCUUUAGCUGUGCCCACUGUAAGACCUCGCUACUGGGUAGUCCUUUUCUGCCAUACCAGGGUCGUAUUUACUGCUCCAAAGCCUGCAGUCUUGGGGAAGAUGUGCAUGCUUCCGACUCCUCUGACUCUGCCUUCCAGUCGGCGCGCUCACGUGAAUCCCGCCGGAGUGUGCGCAUUGGCAAAAGCAGUCGUUCAGCUGACCAGUGCCGGCAGUCACUCCUGUUCUCACCCUCUGUCAACUAUAAGUUCCCUGGCUUGAGUGGGAAUGCUGAUGACACCUUGACCAACAAGCUUUCCCAUAUGAACUUAUCCGAUGAACACUUCUGGAGAGGGCGCGGUGAUGAGACUGAGGCACCCGACGACCAGGAUGAAGAGUGGGCUGAGCACGAGGACUACAUGACUCAGCUAUUGUUAAAGUUCGGGGAACAGGGGGUUUUCCAGCAAGCCAGUGACUCUAGACCUACAGAUUUCUGGAUUGCAGAAAAGGACACCAAGUCAAAGCAGGAGUCCUCAAAAACUGGGAGUAGUGGUGGGGGAGGAAGGGGAAGCCUUGCCAGCAAGAAGUACCAGGCUGACAUGUACUGGGCACAAUCACAGGAUGGGCUAGGAGAUUCUGCCUAUGGUAGCCAUCCAGGUCCAGCAAGCAGCAGAAAAAUCCAGGAGUUGGAGCUGGAUCAUGGGGCUGGAGGAGGUUUUCGGGGAGAGGAGCCACAAUGGUACACCGACUCUUUGGAGUGUAUCACUGAUGAAUUUAAGAAGACAGAUCAGAAUGUCCGAGACUCUAUGGACUCACUUGCUCUUUCCAAUAUUACUGGAACCUCAGUAGAUGGUGAUAAUAAAGAAAGGUCUAUGGUAUAUUCCCUGCAAGGUUUCCAUGAACUGGAAACAGAAGACUGUGAGAAAACCAGUAAUAUGGGAACGCUCAACUCUUCUAUGUUACACAGAAGUGCAAAUUCCCUAAAAAGUCUUGCAUCUGAGCAGGAGGAGGUGGAAAAUGUUCUAGAAGAAGCACCCCAGGAGGACAGACCCAAACCUCAUGUCCCUGCCCUCAGAAGGACACGUUCACAGUCUAGGCCGCAGCAAGUCAAAUUCUCAGAUGAUGUUGUGGACAAUGGCUAUUAUGGUGAUAUUCAAGUGCGGCAGCCACCUAUGAGUGAACGGACUCGGAGGAGAGUGUACCACUUUGAAGAACAAGGCCAGGACCUUCACUCUGGUCGCCAACAGCACCACCACAGGAGGCGUCGCAGCCGCAAAUCCCGGUCUGACAAUGCUUUAAACCUUUUGCCUAAGGAAAGGCCCCAGAUGUGCAACAAAGUGGACCCCAGAGGGAAUGCCCUCGGUUCCAAGGGGCACCAACCAUUCCACGGUCACCCCCAUUCUGCUGCCAUGUCAGACUACAGGCUACAGGGCCAAGCAAUGGGAAGGUUCUUGGGUCUAUAUGAUGAUGAUGAUGACUGGUGUUCUACAUGCUCAUCUUCCUCCUCUGAUUCUGAGGAGGAAGGUUUUUUCCUGGGUCAGCCCAUCCCUCAGCCCAGGCCCCACAGACACUAUUACACUGAUGACUUGCCAAGCUCUGUAGCAGGCAUGUCCUCUGCUCCUUAUGGCCAAUGGACUAAAUCCAAAAAGAAAAAAGGCCACAAAGGGAAAAACUGUAUAAUUUCAUAGGCUUUACUCUGCUGAGCAUUGGGCAACGAUUUGCCACUCACCUAUGCCCCUUUGUUCACCAUUUAAAAUAUAAACAGUUUGCUUGCUAUUAAAUGCUUCACAGCACUCAAUUUACCAAGGUGGUUGUGUAAGACACAAGUCCAUAUUUGGAUUAUUAUAGGUGUGUACACUUGUAUAGCAUUACAAACUGAUGGUAAAGUAUAAUACAUAUUUAUAAAAUAUAAUCUAAACUGUGUUUAUUUAACAGUGCAGAUAUAUUGUAUAUAUUGUAGAAAUUUUUUUAAAGUGAUAUUUUUGUACCUUUGUCAUUCUUUAUACCAAAUGGCAUUAAAAUUAAACAAUUGGCUGUUGGUACAGAGCCAUUUUUAAAUGAGGGUGUCAGAAAUGUAAAGACAAACUGACAUGACCCAGGCUCUGCAGAUGUUUUUUCCAGGUUUGUGCAGCACCAACAUAAAAGCACUGUGUAUUAAUAAUUAGCCUGUUGGAACAAUCUAUUUAUGGGUCAUUGUACUGUAAGAAAAUCAUUGCAAUCUGUAUAAAUGUAUAAACUGGAAUAUAAGGCUAAAAUAGGUGUUAAUUGCAAUAAAAAUCUCUAUAUAUCAUGA